AUGGAGCACAAAGGUAAAGUUGGGUUCAAGUUAAAUCAUGUGGACUCACAAUGUGAAGAUGCAGAUGCAGCUAGGGUUUUAAAUGACAAUGUUGAAGAAUCUGAAAUUGAUAGUGAUUAUGACAAUGCCCAAGGACAAUCAUUUGAAUGUGAAUCUUUUUAUGACAAUGAGUAUGAAAUGGAUGAUCAUUUAUUGUAUGAAAAUGUAAUCUGUAACAGCAUAGAGGUUUACAGUGAGCAUUGUAAUGAAAAAGAGGUAAAAGGGAAUUCAAAGUCUGCCACUGCUCAAAUUAUUGAAGCAAGUCAGUGUCCUCCCCAAUCUCAAGCCACUGCUACUAAAUCACAAUAUAGACCAAAGCUACUUGUAAGUCAUUUACUAAUUCUUACAUUUGUUCAUUUUGGCCCCAUGAGACUAUUUCGCUUAUACUUGUUUUUAAUGGAACCAGAUUAA